UCAAGCACUACAAAACCCCCUCCGACUGCUGAGACGUCUUACAGUCACUGUCAUCGCUCACAAACAAAACUCAGCUUGCAUAUCAAACAAGCACCACAACAUUAGGAGUACAGCUGUUAUUCCGGUGGUAGUUGACUGAUCAGGCCCAAUGGCUCUGCUCAAAUCUGGCUGGCUCUGGAGACAGACUUCAGUCCUCAAACGAUGGAAGCUGAACUGGUGUGACCUGUGGAUAGAUGGGAGCUUUGUUUUUUACAAAACUGAGUCCAGAAGAGACUACGAGGCCAAAGUGAAUCUGAAGGCCACCUGUGUGAAUGUGAAAUCUGGACUGGAGUGUCCAAAUGUGUGUCCACCUGAGAGUCACCCCAGAGAGAAUCUGCUGGUUGUUUUCCUGAGGGACGGUAACAUGCUGAUCCUGUGUGCCAACAGUGAAGAUGAGGCACUGGCCUGGAAUCUCACACUUAUGGAGGCAAAAAGAAAUCCUGUUCUCACAUACAAUCCUUAUGACGAUACAUACCAGACCGUUCCAAUUGACAGUCAUAAUGCGGUUUACAUCAUGCCAAGUACAGCUAGUGGAGGGACUCAGCAUGUCUGGGUACACAGAGACUCUUAUGAUGACAGUUUCGGAGAGCAGAUUGCGUUGGGCCUCCUGGCUGGAAUGGCUGCAGGUGCAGCGAUGCGUUCUCUUCUAUGGAUGCCCUUCUGGUUCUGCUGAAGACCGGUCAGAUAGCGGGAUGAUCACUGGAAAGAGUGAGAGAAUAGACUGGGAGAGCCAUCCAUAAACCUCAGCCAUAGCAAAUGCUUUUGUUCCUGCAUAUAAAUAUGUAAAUAUAAGAAUAGCUGCAGCUGAUUUAAACUCAUGAAAUGGUCAAUCAGUGUGCAAAGGAGUGAUUUUUUUUUUUCAUUGUUUACAGUCAAGAAAAAAGUCCUAUUUUAGCUGCUCAAAUUUAUCAGGACACUAUUUAGCAACAGAUUUUUCUGUAGAGUAUCAAUAUAUAUAUAUAUAAAACUACAUAAUUCUGCACACAGCUAAAUAAUGAUUGUUUUUUCUUGUUGCUAUGAUUCUGCUCUGUGUAUAGUGUACAUGUAAAGCUUUGCAAACCAGUUCAGGAUUUUGUCGAUUAUUAUGUUAUUUGUCUCAGACGAGUUCUCCUAUCAUUAUGUAUAAAUAGCUCCAAGAUCUUUCUAAUUAUAAAACACUAAUCCCUGAAUGUAUUAUUUUCCAAUGCAUGAGGUUUGGGAGUGAUCAUCAGACCACUGAAUGCUCUUUAAAUAUGAGGAUCUUGAAAAAUCUUCUUCCAAGAGAAUAUGAUGCUGAAGUAGCAAACAAAAGCUGAAUAUAUUGAUCAAGCCUUUGAAAUAUCUCAAUAGUAAAGGCAGGGUUCUGAAAUAGUUCUCAUGACUGACCAGUAGAGGCAGGCAGAGUUGCAUUUAGCCUGUUUAUGCACUACUAUGCUACCUUGCAAGUAGUUAUUAUAAAAUUUAUAUUGUUGUACAACACUUACGUUAAAAUAAAAUGGUGAUAUUACAUACAGAAUCAUAUAAGAUGGCAUUUCAUUUUUUUGUGUUUACAAUCAAAACUACUAAUGUCCU